CUUUUGUCAUUAGCUAUUCAUAUAAAAGAGAAGAGUUGUGUUGUAAAAAAAGAAAUAGAAUAACAGAAAACAAAUUGGUCCUUCCUUCCUAUGUACUUGUUCUUCCUCUGCUCCCUGUUCUAUUCUUCCUUCUUCAUCUGGAUGGGAUCCCUCUUCUUCUUCCUCGGCCCAGAUCCGCCAGCGCCGUGCCGCUCCAUUCGCCUCCAUCAAGACACCCAGCUGCUCUCACUCGAUCUUCUACUCUACCUCCCCGUCUCUUUACUUCUGGAAACCAACGAAAAGAAGGAACAAAAUGGAAAGGCAGCGUCGUCGAUCGAUGCCAGCAGAGGCGGCAACGAUGGUGCCGGAGGUUGAAGGUGAGUUUUGUCUCCAAUUGCAUGUUGAUUGUUGAUAUUUAGGGGGGUUUUCAAGGAUUUAGUUGGAUUUCUGACCUAAAAUUCCCUUCGUGUUUUCCUGGACUUGGAGUGGGGUUCGAUCAAGGGGUAAAAGUAGAAGUCGCAAAUGGAUUGGAUUGGUGGAUUGAUGGAUUGGAUUGGUAGAUCUAUGGAUCAAAUGGAUUGGUGGAUUCAUGGAUUGGAUCAAGCGGAUUGAUGGAUUAUCCAUGAAUCCAAAUGACAUCCUCAACCAAGGACCAAUAUGUAAAAUGUAAAAAGUUUAGGUACUAAAAUGUCAUAAUGAAAAAUUUUAGGUACCAAAACGUAAUUUUCCAAUGAAAUUUUUCGUAUAAAAAAUUAAAUUUUAG